AUGCCCGCUGCACACAGCAUGAACAUGGGCAACGGCUGCAAAAUCAGCAUGCUCUGGAACUGGAACGUGUUAGACACAUGUUUCAUGUCUUCAAGCUGGCAUAUCCACUCGACCACCACGUUCGGCAUUUCCUGCGUCGGUAUCGUGCUUCUCGCUAUCUUGAUCGAGUUCCUUCGUCACGCAGGCAAAGAAUAUGAUGGUUUCAUUGUGGCUCAGCAUAAGAAGAACAGUGAUGGGGCCGGGGAGACGAUGGUUCACGCAUCUUCGGAUAGGACUAAGAAUUCAAGGAUGACGACGACAGCGGAGGUAUACAGACCGAGUCUGGUGCAACAGGCGAUCAGGACGCUGUUGCAUACAUGCCAGUUUGCGGUAGCGUAUAUUGUCAUGUUGCUGGCAAUGUACUAUAAUGGGUACUUUAUCCUUUGCAUCUUUCUAGGUGUGUAUAUUGGGAAUUUCAUUUUUGGGUGGGAGAGCUUCAAGGUUGGGAAUAAUGGUGAGGACCGUAUGCAGGAGAAUGUUACCGUGUGCUGUGGGUAG